AUGGCUCCACUGAAUUGUGGUAAGUACUUCUUCCUGAAAAACAGGCAUAACAAGUUGUACCUAGAGAACACAUUUUCGCCAAAUGGAAAAAACGAAUUUGCCAACGAUCCUACCAAAUCUCCAGUGUCUCUUUGGAAAAAAAUAUCAUCCGACGAAAAUUUUGAGAGCCAACUUUGGUUUCAGGAUCCGCUAACUGAGACAGUUCGACAUAAGAUGACCAACAAAUGCAUCAGUAUCACAGUUGAUAACAGGAUAUGUUUAGAGGUAUUCAAAACGAACGUCAGAAAUGAUGAACAUGGUGAACCCGAAACGUCUGCGAGAAACAACGCUACAAAUGUUCAAAAGUGGUACUACAACAAAGAAAGGCAAGUCAUUGAAAGCUGCACAAAUCCGAGCAAGGUCCUUGAUGUUGUUCACCAUUCAAAGGAUGAAGGCGCUGAACUCUGCGUGGCCGACUUCAAUGGAAGAAGAAGUCAGAUCUGGCGACUAAAAUCAGCUGAGAUAAACUAUUUCUACGUGAAGAGCGUUUCCGAAAGAAAGGUACUGGAUGUACUCGGAGGCCGUACGAAGGCAGGCAGUAUGGUCGGAUUGUACGCACAAAAGACUACAGCUUCAGUCAAAACCCAACUCUUUUUCGAAGAUUAUGAAAGAAACAUCAGGUCAAAGAUGAACAAAAGAUUAGUUCUUAAUGUAUCUGAUACCGGCACAACGUUAGCAAAACCAAAUCCAAACUCUGACAACCAGUAUUGGUUGAUUAGCGGGAACAAGAUCGUGAAAGCCGGCGAUAGCGACAUCGUCAUGACGGCCAUCAAGCUGACGCAUCCAGCCUUCCAGGACGGUCGCCUAGACGAACAUCGUGCGAUCUCUUCACGAUACGAAGGUAGCGAGAGUCAACAUUGGGUCAUAAUUUAUUAUCAACCGCCGACCAACAUCCUAAUAUAA